UCUAUUUUUAAUUGGGUUAUUUGAGUUUCUUGCUUUGUGGCUGCCUAUAAGCAGACAAAUGUCAGGGUGUUUAAUUUAUGCGUUCUUUGAUAAUAAAUGUCCUUUGCUUUGAACCGAUUGCUUUUCACAGGGUUACUGAGGAGGAUAACACCAUGUCACACCAAGUCAUAGAGCCACCUAGCUCCAGCCAGAAAGCAGGUGCCUCCUGUGCUGGCGAUGUCUACACAGAUACACUUGGCUUUGCUGCCAUGGAUUCCAAUGUUCCAGGACUCUCGAAGGUUAUCCUUCAGAAGUUAAAUAUGCAAGACUAUAAAGAUUACAGAGCUGCUUUGGAGGGAAGAAAAUCUGUCUCGGAUUUCGGUAUCCGUACUUACCAGGAGAUGUUUCAAAAGAUGGAGGAUACCUUCAAAUUCUGUGCAGAGUGCAAGAAGCUUCCGGAAGCGCUGCUGGACCAAAAAGGUCUCCGACGCUGCAAAAGAUGCCAAAAUGUUUACUACUGCGGGAAGGAGUGCCAGCGAGUUAGUUGGCCACUGCACAAGAAGUUCUGCAAGAAACUGAAAUGGGCAGCAAUAGACCGGCUGCUGGAGUGGCUGGUUUUCACAGGUGACAUCCCUUUCCCCAGCAAAGACUGGACGAGAGCAGUUAGUGAGGUGAAAGGCUGGAAUGAUUGGUUCUUGAUGCAGGAGGACCUCGAUGCCAAGCUGGGUUCGGUUUUGCACUGCAAGCACAUGGAUAUACUGUGGGCAAACGCCGGGAAACCAAGGCCCGAUGACGACGAGCUCUUGGAAUCCAUCAGACGGGUGACCACUGACUUUCAGACCAGGCCGGUGACAAUUGGAUUUUCUCUCCACAGCUUCGGCAUCGACCCAUUAGAAAAACCCCUCGCCAUUCACGUCAUUGGGGCCUCUCAUACCGAGACCCUCCACGCCAGGCUGAAAGACUACGAUGAGCUUGCUCAUAUGUUCCCAGGCAAUGAGGGCAUUGAGGUGGUCAUGAUUGGGCCUGAGGUGGUAGCUGGUCCUACCAUAAGGCCACCCUUGCAGACCUAUGCUGGCAGGAGACGAGUAUACAUGAGUGGGUGGAAAGGCCUGUACCACGAGUACUGGGAGACCAUGGUGGAGUCGGAACGAGCUGCCCGGCCCGACUUGGUGAUAGGUUUUCAUCCAGGGUUCCAUGCUUCACAAGGCUUGACAGAAGGCUGGCUGCCAACGCUCCUGCUGCUGAGAGACUACAAGAUCCCUGCUGUCUUUACCAUGUAUAGCGCUCUGCAUUCUCUGAGAGGAUUCCGGGAGACAGAGGCAGUGUGCAGGAACCUCACGGCGGGCAGGCUGCAAGCCGAUGUUCGACUCCAUUUCGCCGAUCAAAGCAGUGAGGGAGAUUGAAGCAUCCAAGGUGAAAGCAGAAGGUGAGAACCAGUUGCCUGCCUUUUGAUCACUGGUGGGGUUGCUCUGCUUCCGGAGAGGGGAGACUGCCUUUCGAUCACCGGUGGGAUCGCUCUGCUAGACUUGGACUAUGGACUUUUUCAGCCCCUUACAGUUUUUUAUAUUCUGUGUUUUUCACCCGAUUUCUCUAAUUUUUGUGUGUGUGUGCCGGGGAGGGAAUUUGGGGGUCGAUCUGCUUGUUCUGUUUUUGUUCACAUUUUUGUGCAGGGAGAGUGUAUUUGGGGGUUGAUGAUCGUGCUAUCAUUCUUGGUUUUGUGGCUAUCUGGAGAAGAAGGAUUUCAGAGUUGUGUACUUUGAUGGUAAAUGAACCUUUGAACCUCAUUCAAAGUUCAAAGUACAUUUAUUACCCAAGUAUGUGUACAUUAUACAACCUUGAACUUUGCUUGCAGGCAGCCACAAAACAAAGAAACUUCAAAAGAACCCAUUAAAGAAGGAAAGCAGUCAAGCACUGUGCGCGGAGAGGGAGAGAAAAAAUAAAUCGUGCAUAGAAUAAAAGCAGAACUGAAGUUUUAUGAAAGACAUGAAGCCAGGCAUCACUACAACCGGAGCAGGCCACAGCGUCGGUUCGUUGCAAAGCGGAUAAACAUUACGAGACCACAGACACAAAGCCAGGCAUCGCUGUAGCCAGAGCAUCAGGGCAGCGUGGAGCUAAGUGGAACCAGCCCUCGCGUGGCUUCCUGACCUUUCCGAUCUGGCCCUGUGCUUCAGUUGUCCAAACUGGCCAUUCCUUGUUCUCGGACUGCUCUGGUGUCCGAACCCCACUGCCACAACUUGGCCCAUACCUGAUCUUUUCAAUUUGGCCCAGCUCUUUAAUCAAUCAGACGUCGGGACAUUCUUCGCUCUGGAGAGUGCCACGACUCUGCCUUGACCCCUGUCUCCAGCUUCGCUUGCCUCAACCAUGCCUCCCCUGUGCCCCCACUCACCUCCGCUUCCCUCAACCUUUUCUCGCCUGCGCCCCCGCCUUCACUGCUGCUUGCCUCUCCAUUGUUAGCAUUGAUUGUUAUCAAUAAAAUAUUAUUAAUAAGGUAUUUAGUAGUUUUCUUUGUUUUGUUUUUUGCAGCCGAUAGGUAGUUGCUGGGCAACACCGGCGCCAUCUUAAAUUUUGCUGAAUAGUUGUGAUGUUGGCUUGAUCAUGUGAUCUGUUAAACCUGGUAUUCUCAUUGGUUACUUGGACAAUGUGGUGGUUGGGUGUAGUUUUAAUGUUUUCAAUGACAUGUUAACUAGACUAGAGGUGAAAUGUUUAAGAGGAACAUGAGGGGGAUCUUCGUCCUCAGAGAGUGGUGAGCUGAGCUGCCAGGAAGUGGUGGAUAGUUGUUUGUUUUCAACAUUUAAGAGUACAGUACAUGGAUGGGAGGGUAUGGAGGGCUAUGGUCCAGGUGCAGGUUGAUGGGACUGGGCAGAUUAAUAGUUUGGCACAGACUAGAUGGGCUGAAGGGACUUGUUCUGCGACUCGACGUUAGCUGCUGGAAUUUAGUUGAUCUUUCUUUCCUAAUAUUAAAACAGGCAGCAUUAUUCACAUGCACAUUAACAGAGUUUAUUAUUUUGUACAUAUUUGCAGCUGAACCAAAAAUGAUCUGAAGUCACUUUGAACUUCAAAGGAGUUGUAACUGAGCCACAGGUAUGGGUGGGUGGGGGGCUGUGAUUGUGCAUUAAAGAUAUCAUUAAGUUAAUAAAGAUCAAUAAUUGGAAACAGAACCAGUAAAUCUCUAACCAGGCUCAUUAUUUCCUGGCUUUCCUAGUCGAGCAUUGCUGUUAGGUGAUGGGUAAUGUGGUUUGAUACUAGCCUCUAAACCUGAACUUGUGUUCCCCCCACCCCUGUGAAUGGAGCACAGAAACCUGAUGCCCCUGUGCGGUUCUGCUGGGUGAAAUAUUAACUGCUUUCUCGACAAGGUGGAAGUUUAUGGUUGUAUGGGGAAAUUCCAUAAGACUGGGACUGUGUGAAAAGCAAAAGCAAGGUAAGAUGUUACUGAGGGUUAAUUGAAACACAUAAAGGGGAGGGGUACAUAUGACUGGAGGGAAAUUAAUGUUGAGGUGGGGAGAAGGCUGACAGAUGUGUUGUCCAAACACACAGCAGAAUUUAUAGUCGUUGUCUUUAGUGUGCAAUAGGUCAGACAGGUUAAGCUAAGCAAGGUCGUGAUCUGCUCUGACUCUGCCUCGAUAGAAUUUGGAAUCGAAGAGUUCAAGACCUGAUCUGUAGACAGAAAUGUAUUAUAAUCUAUAUGUUUGGAGAGUGCGAGAAUACGUAGAACAAAACAUGGAAAUUUACAGCACAUGACAGGCCCUUCGGCCCAUAAUGUUGUGCUGACCAUGUAACCUACUCUAGAGUCUGCCUACAAUUUCCCUAGUGCAUAGCCCUCUAUUUUUCUAAGUUCCAUGUACCUAUCUCAGAGGCUCUUAAAAGGCUCUAUUGUAUUUGAUUCCGUCACCACUGCUGGCAGCCCAUUCCACACACUCACCACUUUGUGUGAAAAAUUUACCCCUGACAUCCCCUCAGUACCUAUUUCCAAGCACUUUAGAACUAUGGCCCCUCGUAUUACCCAUUUCAGCUCUGGGAAAACUCCUCUGGCUAUCCACACAAUCAAUACCCCUUAUCAUCUUAUAAACCUCUAUCAGGUCACCUCUCAUCCUCUACUGCUCCAAGAAGAAAAGGCCAAGUACACUCGACCUAUUCUUAUAAAGUACGCCCUCCAAUCCAGGCAACAUCCUUGUAAAUCUCCUCUGCACUCUCUUUAUAGUAUCCACAUCCUUCCUGUAGUGAGAUGACCAGAACCAAGCACAGUACCCCAAGUGGGGUCUGACCAAGGUCUAUAUAGCUGUAACAUUACAUCACGGCUCUUGAACUCACUCCCGUGGUCGAUGAAGACCAACACACUGUACACCUUCUUAACAACACUGUCAACCUGCGCAGCAGCUUUGUGUGUUCUAUCGACACGGACCCCAAGAUCUCUCAGAUCCUCCACACUGCCAAGAAUCUUACCUUUUAUAUUAUAUUCUGUCUUCAAAUUUGACCUACCAAAAUGAACCACUUCAUAUUUACCUGGAUUAAAGUCCAUCUGCCACUUCUCAGUCCAGUUCUGCAUCCUAUUGAUGUCCCACUGUACCCUCUGAUAACUCUCCAGAUGAUCCACAAUACUCCAAACCUUCGUGUCAUCAGCAAACUUAGUAACCCACCCUUCUACUUCUUCAUUCAGGUCAUUUAUGAAAAUCACAGAGGAGGGGUCCCAGAACAGAUCCCUGCAGAACACCACGGGUCACCGACCUCCAUGCAGAAUACAAACCACCUUCAACCACCCUUUUCCUACAAGCCAAUUCUGGAUCCAAAAAGCAAGGUCUCCUUGAAUCCCAUGCCUCCUUGCUUUCUGAAGGAGAUUUGAAGGGGGAAUCUUUUCAAGUGUCUUACUGAAAUCCACAUACACUACAUCCACUGCUUUGCCUUCAUCAAUGUGUUUUGUUACAUCAUCAAAGAAUUCAAUCAGGCUUGUAAGGCACAACCUGCUCUUGACAAAGUCAUGCUGACUGUUCCUAAAAGUAGUACAGUUCUGUUGGGUACCUUCACGUGAGGGUGUUGGGUAAUGAAAGGGCAGAUGUUAUAGUAAAACAGGCACUUACCAAGUCUGAAGUUGAUAUAAUAGCCAAUAUGGGAAAGUAUGAAGCCAAAUCUUGUAUUAGCUUGGCUGGGACUGAGAAAUAGCAGAAAUUGUGGAAUAGGAGUGGGACGGAGAGGUGGUUUUACAGUUUGUAUCCAUCAGUCCGGGGAGGCUCCUUUUGGGAAGGAAUAGGAAGGGAGAGGUGUGGUUGGCGAGAUUGAGCUUUGGAGAUAUGGGUUUGCACUCCGCUUUGGCACUUGUUGGUAAACAUGGGAACAAUAAUGUGUAAUUUUGUAAGGUCCCAGAGAUGUGAUUGUGAUGUGCCACAGAUCUUCGUUAGAAUGUGGGAAGCUACAAACUAGGGGUGAUAUUCUGGCACCUGAGGGAGGGAUGGUUAAAUCAUGUGGGCCCUAAUGAACAUUUUAAUUAAAACAGGUUUGGGAGGUAGGAACUGGUUCCCUGUUAUAGCUCCCUUUAUACUCAUUUACAGCAGGUAAUGAACCUUCCUGAUAGGUGCAAGCCACCACUAGCACAAAAGAAUACGAAGAAGGGAAGAUAUUCUUCCUUUGUCCUGGAGAGGGGGUGAGAGCAGUGGUGGAUAAAAUGGAUAAGAUGUGGUUAAGGGCUUUCUCCACUAUGGCAGAGGAGAAGCCAUUUUUCAAGAGCACCUGUGCAGAGUCUGCUGAUUCUAUUGUAUUUCUUUGUUCUGCUGUGAAUGUCUGAAAGAAAAUGAAUCUCAUUUAAUGACAUAUACGUACUUUGACAAUAAAUUUACUUUGAAAAGAUAAAGAUCAGCUUUAUUUGUCAAGUACAUCAAAACAUUGAGUGAAAUGCAUCAUUUGUGUCGAGGAGGUGCUGGGGGAUGCCCGCAAGUGUGACCAUUUUCCAGUGCCAAUGCAACGUGCCCACAACUCCCUAACCUAAACUCGUACAUCUUUGGAACGUGGGAGAAAGCCAGUGCACCUGGAGAACUGCUACGAGAUCACUGGGAGAAUGUCGUAAAUCCUUACAACCGUGGAAACUGAGCCUGAUCUUACAGCUGGUGUAACGCGUUAUGCUAACCACUAUGCUCUCGUGCUGCCCUGCUAAAAGUUCUUCAAGAUUUUAGAUUCAAUUUUAUUUACCCACGUACAUCGAAGCAUGCAGUGAGGUGCAUUGUUAGCGUCAACGUAGCGUGCCCACGAUGCUCGGCAGACUGACACAGAGCAUAACGAGCAACAAUAACAGGAAGUCAAACCCCAUUCCUCCGUCCCACCCACCCACGUACACAGUCCUCCAAGCCUGGGACCGGCUGUAUCCAGCCUCCUGUGGCUGGGCCGCAGACUCACAGAUACUGGCCCUUUGACUUCCCCGGUGGAUUCUCUGAGCAAGUGCUGUACAGGAGGGAUUAGGAGAACGGAAUGUGAUGUUUUCUGUAUUUAACUGGGCAUAAUGGUAGCAUAACAGUUAGCACAAUGCUAUUACUGCUUGGGGCAUUUUGGUGUUCGAUUCUGGUGCCAUCAGUAAGCAGUUUGUACGUUCUCUCCAUGUGAGCAGUGUGGGUUUCCUCUGACUACUUCGGUUUCCUCGCACGGACCAAACAUGUACCGAUUAGUAGGUUAAUUGGUCAUUGUAAAUUGUCCUGUGAUUGGGUUAGGGUUAAAUAGGGGAGUUGCCGGGCCAGAACGGCCUACUCUGCUCUGUAUCUCUAAAUAAAUAAAUAAAAUAAUGGAUUUUGAUCAUUAGAGAUGGGAAAGUCUUUCAUCUUUUGUGUGUCAUUUCAACUAAUUUCUGACCACUCACUGUUUAAGUCAUGAGCCUGUCUUUGCACAGAUUUCAACGCUGUGGAUACAAACAGUUCUUAAUCCCUUCAGCUUUGUUCAUCAAUGAAAUCUGAUCAAAAACUUUUGUUCCACAAGAUCCAAAUAAUCAAUUAUCCUCUUAAAAUCAUCCUCUUCCCACCCACUUGCCUUCCCCUCACCUAUCACCUGCCAGCUUGUCUGCCUUCCUCUCUUCCACCUUCUUAUGCUGGCUUCUUCCUCCUGCCUUUCCAGUCCUGAUGUAGGAUUUCAUCCCGCAACGUCGAUUGUUUAUUCCUCUCCAUGGACCUGUUGAGUUCCUCCAGAGUUUUGUGUGUGUGUUGCUCUUCAAAUGGCAUUGUUUUGCAUGGAUUUUGCAGGUUAGGUCAGGUCUAGGCUGGAGGUGCAGUUACCUGGGUUGAGUAUGAGGAUAUCCGAAGGGAUUGUUAAUUGGUGGGUCCUCGGGUGGCUGUAGCAGCCGAUCCGGGAUCCAUAUAUUCUGGCGCAGUAUGAGCAAGAGUAAAGGCUGAUAUAUAUUUGUGAGUUGCAUCUAAGCCAUAGAGUAUCCUAGGCCGUACCUAUGCCAUAGGGUGAUGUGCACCUCCCCAAAAAAGUAAAUGUUGCGGCGACGCGGACCGCUACAACUGUGAUUGGUCUGCUUGGUGGCAUCGCAUUUCCGGUUGCUUCUUCUCCACCAUGUCUGUACACUGAUGCGAAAUAUAUGAACCAAAUGGUUAAAUCUACCUGCCAACAUGCGAGUACGUUUGAAGUGCAUUUCCUCGUCCAUGUCUCUCACGAAGAAACUCAACACAGUGGCACAGAAACCCCACAGCCAACUAGCGUUUUGGCGCACAAUGCCAACAGCGUAGAGCCUACACAGAAGUGAAAAUCAGGGCUACGGUGUAGCCUGUACGCACAAGUAUAAAUCAGCCUUGAGUCUCAACUUUAGUAGCUGCUGCUCGUUCUCCGUUUUACAGUGGAAGGUGCUCUUACGUAGAGCAGUUCCCUCGAACAGAUUUCCUCCAGGAGAUCCACUGAGUGCAUUGUCUUCCCAGGUUUUAGAAACGCUGGUUACAUCUGCUGGUAGGGGUAUGUGAUUCUUGACAGGAAAUGAUGCAUGGUUUAAAAGGGCAGGCAGUGAUCCUGGUUGCUCUUUCAACACAAAUGUAACAGAUCCUUUGGGGCUAUUGUCAAAGUGUUCUCCCAAGGUUAUCUCUCAGCUACAACACGCAUCUAGUCACUAUCACAUUGUUGUUUGUGGGAACAUGUUAUGUACAAAUUGGCUGCUGCGUUUUGUAGAACCAUGAGCACAGUUUAGAAGAGCCUCAGUUCAUCACAGAACUAGUGAGACCACAGUUGUCACUGGAGCAGGCCACAGUCUCGGUUCAGUGCGGAGCUGAGUAGGCAUCACAGAGCGGUGAGCAGAACCAGCCCUCAUCUUGGAUACCCUGACCUUUCAGUUCUGGCCCAGUGCUUAAAUCAUCCAAGUAUCAGGUUGUUCCUUGCUCUCAGAAGGAUCUGACCCCCACCACCGUGAUUCGGCCUGUACCCGACACUUCCAAUCGCGCCCGGCGUUUAAAUCGAUCAGACAUUGGGAUUUCCCUUGCCCUCAGGGGUGCCACAACUCUGCCCUGACCCUGCUUUGACCUCACCUCCUCCUUCGCUUGCUUUGACCUUGCCUUCCCUGCAUCCCACUUCACUUCUCCUGACCAUUUCUUGCCUGCGCCUCUCCAUUUUUAGUGUUGAUCAUUAUUCAUAAAAUGCUUAGUAUUUUCUUUGAGUUUUUUUGCUGCAAUAAGUGGUCACUGGGCAUCACCCACACCAUCUGAAACCAGUUUACCUUUUGGCACUCCAGCUGUACAGGUUAGUAGCUAAUGGCUUAAUGGGUGUAAUUGGGUGGCACAAGCUCAUUGGGCCCGAAGAGCCUGUUACUAAACUGUAUCUCUAAAAUAAAAGCAAUAAAACUUCUGUCGUAAAAAUAAAUAUUUUCGAUAAAUAUUCAGCUUCUGAAUUGAGUAGAAUUCGUUCCUGUCUAGGAAUUGUAAAUUUGCUUUAACUUGCUGUGUCCCAAGUUCACCCCUGACCUCCGGUGCCAACUGUGUGAAGUUUGCACAUUCUCAUUGUGUUGGUGUGGGAUUCCUUCAGGUGCUUUAUUUUCUUCCCACAUUCCAAGAUGUGCGGUUGGUGGGUUAAUUGCCCCCAGUGUAGGUAAAUGGUGGGGCGUGGUAUUGAUAGAUCUCAAGAGACUAGGAGGGAAUUUAGGUUACAGUGGACACCUUAGGCACAACGGGUCACAUCACUGCCUCCUAUGUCAAAAGGAAAUGAGUAAAGAAAAUGAAUUUUAGAAUUUGCUAGGAUGCUGCCUGGAUUAGAGAGCAUGUCUCCUGAGGAUAGGUUGAGAGGGCUAGGGCUUGUCCCUCUGGAGUGAAGGAGGAGGAGAGGUGACUUGAUAGAGGUGUACAAGAUUAUAAGAA